CCGAGUCAGCGAAGUCGAGCGCGGGCGGAGAUUCCCGAACGUCCUACGAGUCAGUGAGCCGAGCGCGGGCGGAGAUUGCCGAACGCUGUCGGAGAUUGCCGAGCUCAGACGGAAACGUGCCCCAUGCGGAUGCGGAUUUGCUUAGCACUGGGAAAGUUGGAUGUCUGGGGGCUGAGAGAGGGAACAGGAGGGCUCCCCCAAAUAUCUCUCCACAGGGCUGGAACAAGCUCAGCACAGGGGGAAUUUGCGCCUUGAUGUCUGAGUCGGAUGAUGGAGGCUACGGGCAGGACCCUCUUUCUUCCUCUCCGGAUUGCUCCUCGGAUGACUCGGAACUCCUGGUGGCGGCGGAGGCGUUUGCCAGGGGAUAUGACUCUCUAUCCAUUUCUUCCUACCCUGGAGAGAGGAUGAUGCAAGGGCAGGAAGACACAGCGUCUCUGAUAUCUACAGGUACUCUGGUACCCGAGUGUAUAUACAUCCCCCCAGCGGGCUACCAGCUGCUGUCUGAGCAAGAGCUCGCCCAGCAAAAGGCGGCUCUGAAGAGCACUAGCGAACGGCUGGAAAAAGUGACGCAAGAGAAGGAGGCUCUGCAGGAGGCACUGCGGUGCAGCUCCGAAGAUUGCGCUAACCAGGUCAAACAGCUGCUGGAUCAGAUUAAGAACUCGGAGGAAAUUCUGAAGAGUCUGCAAGGAAAUCUGUCGGAGUCUCAGCAGAAGACUGCGCGCAAAAUGGCGGCUCUUACGGCCUCCUUUAGCCGCCUCUGCCAGGAGGUGAAUUCUCUGAAUGACGAGAAUGAGAAGCUGAGAACCCUAAGCUCAGAAGCCGCUCCCGGUGAACAGUUCGUGCAGGUUUCAUCUCAGCAGAGAGCGGCACAGCACAGUCAGGAGCGGCUCUGCAUCGAGGUGGUCACUCUGCAGGAGGAGCUUAAGGCCGAGAAAGUGGCCAAAGCGGAUGUGGAGGACCAGCUGAGGAGACAGAUGGAGACGUACACAGAGGAGAGGGCGCACGAGGCACCUGGCCUGUCUGGGUACCACUCGGGGCACCUGGCCUGUCUGGGUACCACUCGGGGCACCUGGCCUGUCUGGAAUUGCUGUGGUAUGACGGUGCUUAUAUCAUUUACUAACGUGUUUCUUCUCUAUCCCUUUCAUCUCCUUGGCGGGAUUGCAGAGAUAAUGGAAGCGACGCUUUCCAGUAUGACAACCGAGAUGGACAGGAUCCUGCAGGACCGGAAGCAGGCAGAGCUGCAGCUUCAGGAAUCGGAGAGCCAGGUCCAGAAAGUGUGGGAGUCCCUUGGCGAGCAGGAGAAGCUUCUGCAGAAGGAGAAAGAGGAGAGGGCUUCUCUGGAGCUUGCCCUAAACGAGGAGAAGAACAAGGUCUCCAGGAUACAGGCUGAAAUGAAAACCAGUGAGGAGGUGCAAAGGGACUUUGUCCGGCUGUCACAGACACUGCAGGUCAGCUUGGAGAAAAUACGACAGGCUACUUCUCUGCAGGACGUCCAGGACAUUGUGGAAGGGAUUCGGCUCACAGAAGUUACCCAGCUGACUGACGCCUGACCCGUCUCCCAUCGACCUUCUGACCAAAAAAACACUGCCGAUUAUAAGAUGAGAUUUGUAUACUGUGUAUAUAACUUUAUACGUAUGCAACACUAACGAAUAGUGAUUAAUCAGGUAACUAGGUGCUAGUGACGUCCUUCUCAGUGCGGUAUCCACAGGGACAUAACUUAGGUGGCACCCUCCGUCUGGUUUUAAAGAUUCGUGAGACAUUACCAGUGAUUUUGGCGUAUACUGUAGAUGUAAAUAUUAGAACUUUGAAAUAUAAAUUGCCUUACAUAAGCAACGGUCUAGUGGCAGCCCCAAAUAUAUAGGAGAGGCUUUCCAUAUUUGCCGUGCAGCCCUGCGCGCUCCAGCCAGGUGGUUGACGACCUGCAGACCGGAACGCACGGGAGAAAUGUCUUCCUCCCGUUUCUAAAAAAAAAAAAAAAAAAUAGCAAUAUAAUGCACAACGACUGAACCAAAAAGAGAGAGACUGCGUUUAUUUGAUCGGCCUCGCACAACAAUGUUAUAAAAUGUUAUUACUGUACCUAGGAAAACUUGCGUGACUGUUGAAUAACCCUAAAUAGAUUCCUGCUCUCUUGCAAACACUGUCGGCGCACACUCGAUGCAAUAAAGUGAAAACUAAAAAUAAACUGACACGACCUUGCCGAGAGGCUACACAAUCUGACACAUUUGUGUAUUUUUGGUAUGCUGAUUUGUUUCUUACCCUUUUGUUGUCUCACGCUCUGUUUUGCAGUGAUUUUGUACUUUUGAGGGUUGACUGUUACGUUAUUGUAAAGCCUGAGCUGUGGGAACCUGUACUGUAAGUUUAGUUGUCAUUUAAGCACAAUACGUAUGAUACUAAUGAUGACUAACAACUACGUUUUAUUAAAUUAUAUUUUAUAUUA